UGUAUAUCAGGGAGCGGUUGAUGAUGAUGGGGAAAGUAAUACAUCUCCAGCCCCAAGUGCUGUCAAAGAGGUGAUGGACUUUGUAACGGAAACCCUUGAUAGCCUUAUUCAGCACUGGGCUAGGAGGAUCAAGUAUGAUGUCUGCUUUCUGUGCCCGAGGUGCAGUAGGAAGAAACGGCUUAAAGACUGCUUCAAGAGAAUGUCACUCCAGUGUGGACUACAUAGCAUCCCUACAGCUGCAAUCAAGUUCAAGUUUGGUAUGAGUGAGGAAGGAGUGGAGUCAGGGAACGAAAGUCCAAUAAGUACUAGCUCCACGUUGCCCACAGAAGGAUCGAUUGCACACCUAGUGACCUCUGACAUCGGCAUACAGCCUCUAACAGGGGCUCAGGUUGCUUCAGAGGUUGAGCGGAUCCUCCCGCGAAUCAACGAUCUGCCAGCUGUUCCAAGCUCCUCGGUGAGCAUACAUGGGAAUGUUUUUAACAUGUAUGUUACAGGUAGACAUGAUCUUGUGCCGCCUCACCCAAUGAUCAUCCCCCUUGCGAUACGACAAGAGCUGAGUAAACUGUUAAACGGUCCCCGUGUUACUCAUGACGACUGGACGGGACUUGCUAGUGCCCUGCGAUUGGAUGACUACAUCGCUAGUCUGACUAACAAGCCAGACCCAACAGCAGAUCUGAUUGACCUGGCGGAGAGACAGAAUAAGAUUUGCAGCCUGGAGGAUCUGAGGCAGAUUCUGAAGCAGAUGAAGCGCGAUGAUUGUGUGGAUGUUUUUGAUGCCGGAGCAUCGGUAGAGUCAAACAACCGUCUGAUGAUUAAAGAUCGAGACAGGAGUAGCAGUUCUAGUGAUGACAGUUACUGA